GGUUACACAAAGAAGAGUGAAGUGAAGUUUUAGAAUCAAUCAAUUGUGGUUAAUUUAAUUUCUUUUUCUUCUAAAUUCUCAAUUGUUCAUCAUCGAAUUCUUAUUUAAUUAUUUUCUAUUUAAAUUGAAGUGCAUUUUAUUCGCCAUUGUUUCAACUACAUUUUUCUUGUUUUCUCUGUCAACGUUUUUUUCUCUUCUCUUCUCUUCUUCUUCUUUCUCGCCUUAACCUUCUCUUUUUCUUCUUCUUCUUCUUUGUUUUUGUUUUCUUGUUUCUUGUAAGGAAACCAAAAGAGAAAAAAAAAGGAUAUGACUUAUGCUCGAAACAGAGUUUUCAUUGGUGGUAUCUCAUCAUCAACCUCUAAAGAUGAAAUUGAAAGAGAAUUUUCUAAAUAUGGAAGACUCAAUUCUGUUUGGGUUGCCCAAAAUCCUCCUGGAUUUGCUUUUGUUGAAUAUGAGGAUGGUAGAGACGCCCAAGAAGCUGUUAAACAAUUGAAUGGAACUGCUCUUUUCGAUGAUAAUAAAGUUCGUGUUGAACAUUCUCGAGAUCGACCUUCAGGUCGAGGUAGAUCUGAUCGAGGCUCUGGACGGACUUUAGGGUCUCGGGGUCGCGGUGGAUCAGGAGGUGGUAGCUUCAGCCGUGGAGGUGGAAGCAGCUUCCGUAGCUCUCGAGGCGGCGGAAGUUUCCGUGGUAAUUCAGGUGGAAGUGGAGGAAGCUCUAGCCGAUACUCUGAUAGCCGUAAUGGUAGUAGUAGUCGGUAUGGAUCUUCUUCCUCUUCUUCAAAAGACAAAUAUGGAUCCAGUGGUGGUGGAUCUUCAAGCUACAGCAGUUAUCGUAGCAGAUCACCAAUCGGCCAUAGCAGUUCAAGAUACUAAAAGUUUCAUUUCUUUCCUGUUCCUGCUGUGCAACAAAACAAAACAAAAAAACACAAACAAACAUACACACACACAUGUAAACACAUAGUGUUCGCAUACUUAACACUUAUACACAUACACAUGCAACAUACACUCAUACCUACAUACACACACUUACCAACUACAUCUCCAACAACAACAACAACAACAACAACCAUAAAUAUAAAGCGCAAGCUUUGCGUAUGAAAGCAUUUCUUUUCUCUUCAUAUUCUCCACUCAAGAUUUUUUUUCUGUGACUGGGUUCAAAAGUGUAGACCGCGAAUAUCUCGUUCAUAAUGGUGUUUUCAUUGAAACACACAAAACAAAAAAAUUACCGGAUCAUUCUAAUCAUCUAUUCUGGAAAUGGAAUCUAAUUGUCCAGUAACAACAACAACAGCAACAACUACAACUACAACAAACAAAUGAAUGAAUCGACGACGACUACGACGACGACGAAAACAAAACCCACAAUCGCCACAAAUAACAUCGCAAUUGGGAAAACACUACAUUCAAAAAGAAAACAUCAUUAACCUCUAUCUGUCUAUUUUUCAUUUUACCGACUCUCUCUUUCUCCAUUUCCUUCAAUCAAAUCAAAAAAAUUUCAAAAAUGAUUCAAAUGAUUCGCAUCUGCAUGGAUUUAUUCACGACUUUUAAUUCAAUCCCCAAAUAAAUACACAAUCACAAACACA